ACUUAUUUCAGCAGUCAUCAAUGGUACUUUUACACGUGAGGUUGUGGGUUGUUGAUUUGUAAUUUACUCGCAUGUAAAAUUAUUUUCGGUUUUUUGUUGUGUUUACAUGAUAAUACAAAAAUAAAAAAAAAUUAAAUAAAACGAGUGGAAAAUUAAAAAUGUAAAAAAGGAAAAAUCAAAGUAUAGAUACAUCAACAACAACAAAUAAAAUUGUGUAAAUGAAAAAUUCCCUAAAUUUAAAUAAUUUUUUUUUGCUAGUGUGAAAAUGAAUAGAAGCGUAUUACACCACACACGAAAUUAAAUAAGCAAAACAAGUCUAAUACACAGCUGAUUAACUAGUGAAAAAUAAAUUGAAGGAUUAUUUAUUUAUUCUUUAAACAUUUUCAGAAGAAUAAAAGGAAAAAAGAAAAAAUAAAGUAAACAUUUUUGCAAAUACGCAAUAAAUUCAAUUUACAAUAAAAGAAGGAGUGUUUUAUUUCAUUUAGUUUUUUUUAUUACAAUUCGAGUCGAGUGUUUAAGUUUAUUUUUUUUUGUAAUGACGUUUUGUUGGUGCUAAUCAUGGUGAUGAUGAUGAUGUUUUUUAUUUAAGACAACAACAUCGAUUUUUUGCACAAAAUUUCUGAAUGUCAAAAAAGGAGACGAAAGGAGUAACGAAAACAAGAAACUUUUAAUCAAAGUCUGAUAAUCAUCAACCAACAACCAAACAGCCCGCAAUUCAAACCAGACAAAUAAUUAUAUAUAUUUUUAAAAAUUUAGCAAAUCGCAUAAUUUUGUGUGUUUUGUUGUAUGUCUGUUGUAAUUUUGGAUGUUGACAUAUACCCACCCACACACACUAAUCUAAUGUGCAGUGUUGUUAGUACUUAGAUGGGCAAAAAUGUCAGAAUUAUUAUCCAGUACGAGUAUUUAAGGGAACUUUAAAACACCACCACCACCACGAGCACCGCACAACAUUUAUUUAUUUUUUUUUUAAAUUUUAGACUGAUUUAUCCUUUAUAUGUAUAUAAAAGGAUAAUAAAUCAAAUUUUAAUCAAAAUAAGAAUACAUGAGCUAAAAAUUAAACUACAUUUGAUAGGAAUAAAACAAAUACCACCGUCAAAUUUUAAUCUCUCAAUAAAUACAAAUAAAACGGCGAAAAUAUGUCCCGAUCCAAAGAGAAAGUUGUCUCGUCAUUACGUAAAAUAUUCAAAAGUAAUACAACAAAAGAUGAGACGCCCGAAGAGAAGAAUCCAGAAGCGGAAGGAACGGUUAAAAAGCCAGCUGUAUUUCCGGAAUCACCUGGAAAACGCAUUAGAAGACUGGAUAAAAAAAUCAAACCCAUGUCAAUAAAUCCAGCUCCUGAUUUUAGCGUUAGAGCCCGCAGACUUAUGAAAGAAUACAAGGAAAUACAAAAAAUACAAUGUUGCAAAAGUAAUCCUGUAUUUACGGUGGAACUUAUAAAUGAUAACCUGUAUGAGUGGUAUGUCCGUUUGCACACCGUUGAUCCCGAUUCAAAAUUAGCCAAAGAUAUGAUGGAGUUAAAUGUGCCCUUUAUACUUUUACACUUGGCAUUUCCCGAUAAUUUUCCAUUUGCACCACCAUUUAUGCGUGUCGUUGAACCGCAUAUAGAAAAGGGUUAUGUCAUGGAUGGUGGUGCCAUUUGUAUGGAAUUAUUAACACCGCGUGGCUGGGCUAGUGCGUAUACGGUCGAAGCUGUUUUAAUGCAAUUUGCUGCUAGUUUAGUUAAAGGUCAAGGACGUAUAAUGAGAAAAACUAAAAAUACCAAGGAAUUUAGCAGACGUAGAGCUGAGGAAGCUUUUCGUUCGUUGGUUAAAACACAUGAAAAAUAUGGCUGGGUUACACCGGCACUAUCAGAUGGUUAAAAUGCCACAAAUAAUUGUAUAGUACAUACAGAUGACGUGACCAUUGUAUGAAGAAUAGAAUUAUAAAACGAAAAAGAAUAAUAGAUUUGAAUACAUACUUAUUACGACAGUAUGAUGAACAACUCUAAGCAACAAUUACAAUUAAUCACUUUUAUACCACUCGUGUGCAAUACUGGACCCCUUUUUAACUCCUUUUCGGAUAUAAAAACAUUUAAUGGUCAACUUAGUAAGUGUAUGUAGUAAAAUUUUGUGUUUAAUUAAUAUUUUUAAAACCACUCGAAUGGAUACAAAUGUAAACAAUGAUUAUAAGUUUUCAUAGAAAAAAACAAACAAGGAAUCAUAACUACUACUUAAGAACUACCAACUAUUACUACCACUAAAUACUAUUAUUCAUUUAAUAAAAUCUUACUUAAAUAUAAAGAGGAAAUAAGUCUCAUCUUGAAAGAAAUGUGUUAGUGCUGCCAUCUGCAAUUGGUUUAAUACAUACAUAAUAAUGCCCAUCUCUACUACUCCUUGGAUCUCCUUUAAAGGUAUUUUAUAAACGAUAAGUUGCUCAUAGGUGUGCAUAACGAUUGAUAUAAAUACAUAUGUAAUCAUUGAAAUUAUUUAAUAGAAAAAAUUCAAAAUUCGUUACCACAAUUCUUAUGUCCCGAACUUGUCGUUUUAAAAUACUUCAUACCUACAACUGUGUAUUAUAAAAUAAACAUGCAGUCACACUCAUUUAAAGUUAUUUGACAUAAUUUCAAUAUAAUAAUAGGUUAACUAAACAUGCAUAUAGAUUUCUACAUCAUUUUCAAUUUAAUAUUUAAAUUUCACAUAAUUAAAUAUAUUAAGUAAAUUAAUUUUCGCUUUAGAAAUAAAAAGGUUCGAAAGAACUAAUUCCUAAUUCAGUUUUCAAAAUCAAAUAAAAUUCCCUUAAAUAAUUAAUUACGAAUUAAUUCAAAGGCUUAAUUUUCUAGUACUUUAAACGAAUGAAUUCAUUCUUUACAGAAUUAAUUUCUUGUUGAAUAAUAAAUCCUAAGUUUUCCUUAAUUCAAAGCCAUUCUUCAAUUCAAAUCUAUUACAAAUAGGCUUUAGACAACAUUUCUUAAUUAAUUUUGUAAAUGAUUAAAAGCAAAUCAAAAACAAAUUAAAUGAAUUGAUGCGAUUUCAAUUCAGUUUGGAUUAGUUGUGAAUUAAUAAAAAUUUAAACAAGCAAAGGUAGAAUGAAUUAAUUCAACAAUUAAUGAAAUCUAUUCAAAUAUAAGUCUUUGAAUAUAGCUAACGAAUGUGUUUUGUUGGGAAUGAUUUUAAUUUUUAAUUCUGAAUUAAGAUUUGAGUGAAUUAAAUUCAAAUUGAAUAAUAUUAAAUAAUUUUAUAAUAUUUUUGAAAGUAAAAUUUUGAAUAUUGAAAAUGAUGUUAGUUUUCAAAUUGCCAUUCAAGUAACACACAAAUAAAUGUUUUAAAAAAUAAUAUUUAAAUAAAUUGAAAAUGUUGUAGGUCUAAUCUAAACUUAGCUUUUAAUUGAAACUAACUAUUUUACAUACUUGUACAUGAAAAGCAAACAAAUUUUCUAUCUCAAUGUGAAUGAAAGAAAUACAAUACAUACAGUACAUAAUAUUAGAUAUUUUACUAUUUCUCUCUCUGUAUCUCUAAAUGUAUUCGAUAUUUAAAUUAAUAAUGUUAUUAUUGCAUCUAGAUAUAAAUUAACUAUAAAACAGAAUUCAACAACAACCCUCCAUGUCUAGGUAUUUUACAUUUAAAAUAAAAACGUUUUUUAGGAACAAAAAAAAAAAAAAAAAAAAGAUACAAAUGAUAGAUAAGUAAGAAUUUAAUUGCUCAGUAAACAAGCAUCAGAAAUAAUUUACGGAAAAUAUUUGAAAUAUAUUUUCGCUUAAAAUUUUUAUUAAAAAUGUAUGUAUGUUAAUUUUGACUUAUUAAUUAAUUGUAUUGCAUAAUAGUUUCCUAGGACCUCAAAAUGUUUAUUAACCAAUUGACUAUAAAGAUUUAAUCUAUUAGUUCUCUAUCUCAGUAUGUUUCUGUUUUAAAUAGAUUAUUUGUUAAUGAACAUUGACGAUAAGCUCCACACACCAAUUGAUUUUGUGAUUUAUAAUUAUGUAAAAUAUUGUUAUUAUUAUUAUAAUUAUUAUUAAUGUGUAUGUUUAAUUUCUUUUUUCUUAAAUAUGUUAAUUUGUAUUGUAAUAUUUUUCUAUACAAUAAUGAAAUUGAAUUUAUUUUUUAAUAUAUUUUUUAAUUUAGCUAAAUAUUGUAAUAUAAAAAAAACAAAAUGUAUCGAUGUUUAAAUAUACAACAUAAAAAUUGAAA